CUGCUCUUUCGUGAAUACAACGUGCUGGUGUCAAUUGUGCAAUAGCCGUACGUGGCGCAGGCGCAGUCUGGGAGGUUCUGCUGCACUACUUGGGCUGGCGCAUCGGGCUAGCUAGCUGAUUACUUGAGAUGGAUGUGUUCUUAAUGAUCCGGCGUCACAAGACCACAAUCUUCACAGAUGCCAAGGAGUCCACCACAGUCUAUGAACUGAAACGUAUUGUUGAGGGAAUUCUUAAGAGACCGCCCGAGGACCAGCGUCUCUACAAAGAUGACCAGAUGCUAGACGACAGCAAAACUCUGGGUGACAGUGGAUUUACCAACCAGACCGCCAGGCCACAGGCCCCAGCUACAGUUGGUCUGGCUUUCCGAAUCAAUGAUGAGAUGUUCGAGCAGCUGCACAUCGAGGCCUUCUCCAGCCCCCCAGAACUCCCCGAUGUGAUGAAGCCUCAGGACUCUGGCAGCACGGCCAACGAACAGGCUGUGCAGUGAUUUCCCAGAGUCACAGAAGUGCGCGCGCGCGGGAUUACCUGCAGUGAAGAAGAAGUAGUAGGGGUGGAGGAUCUGUAGUCUCAUUUCACUUGAUGGACGGGGGGACAUUUAUGGGUAACCACGCCUGUCCAAUGUUACCUUUAUGCUAUCACCGCAGCAGCCCCUCCAUAUUUACUUCACAUCAGGGUUUUUUUUUUGUUUGUUUUUUUCCAAGUAAAUUUCCACUUGGGUUCUCCUCCUCCUCCUCCACUUUGGCUCCAAUCUCUUGAGUGGUUUUGAAAGUGUGAAUGCAUUUUGUGUGUGUGACUUAUAAUUAUUUUCAUUAAUAUUUUUGGAAAAAGUGAAGGUGUAGUAGCGUAGAAGUAAAAAAAAAAAUGCAUGUGUAAGGAGCGUGGUGUGUAAAUGGGAGAAAAACUGCAUGACCGAGAGGGCUUUAUCUUCUUCACCUGUUAUAGUUUCCGUAUACGUCAUGCUGUACAUCUCCUUUUAAACAAAAAAAAAGAAAAAAGUAUUUUUGUUGAAGUUAUUGUUGUCUUUUUGUGUCAUCACUGUCUUAGUUCAUGAUUUCAUUUCCCCCAUCUGAGACCAAAGCCGGGUACACGUUGGACACUGAAAAGAAAGUUCAUUUUAGAAGGCUUUCCGUCACAAGUCAUCCUUUUUUGGCAACACCCUAACCCUCUCUGAAUUCCACAAAACACCCUGUAACUGUGAGCUUGCUUAAUUAAAGGUUUUUCUUUUUGUUUUUUUUUUA